AUGAGAACAACUACUGCCGCAAAGCUGCUGCUACUAGCUGCACUGCUUUCCGCCGGCCGGGCUGCCAAAGUGGUGCACGCUGGCAGUCAGCGGUUUGCGAUGGAACCGCAGGAUCAAACGGCAAUCGUGGGCUCCAAGGUUACGCUGCCCUGUCGGGUCGAGUCCAAGGUUGGCCAGCUGCAGUGGACCAAAGACGACUUCGGUCUCGGCUGGCAUCGCAAUCUGAGUGGCUUCGAGCGAUACUCGAUGGUCGGAAGCGACGAAGAGGGCGAUUACUCGCUGGAAAUAUACCCGGUCAUGCUGGACGACGAAGCACGCUACCAGUGCCAGGUCAGUCCCGGCAAGGAUGGAACACCCGGCAUUCGAUCACGCUUCGCCAUCUUAACGGUAUUGGUUCCUCCGGAACCACCGAAAAUCAUUCAAGGGGACUUCCUUGUGACUACCGAAGAUCGAGAGAUCGAACUGGAAUGUGUCUCGGUCGGUGGCAAACCCGCUGCUGAGAUCACCUGGAUUGACGGCCUGGGCAACGUUAUGACCAAGGGAAUCGAGUACGUGAAGGAACCACUAACCGACACCGGUCGGUAUACGGCCAAGUCGAUUCUCAAGUUGACACCGAAAAAGGAACACCACAACACAUCGUUCACCUGUCAGGCUCAGAAUACGGCCGACCGCACGUAUCGGUCGGUGAAAUUGAAGCUCGAAGUGAAGUACGCCCCGAAGGUGAGCGUUUCCGUCGUUGGCGGGGCACUUGCCGGAGGCAGAAUAUCCGAAGGGGCCGAGGUCCGGUUGUCCUGCCAUGCGGACGCCAAUCCAAACGACGUCAGCUACCGAUGGUACAUCGGUGACGAGCUCGUCGUCGGAGACUACACAACGGAAAUGAUUAUUCACAAUGUGUCCAAGAAAUUCCACGACGCCGUCGUCAAGUGCGAGGUACACAACGCGGUUGGCAAAAGCGAAGAAAGUGAAAUCCUAGACAUUAGCUACGGCCCAACGUUCCGUACCAGACCGAAGUCGGUGGAAGCCGACUUGGACCGGUCGGUAACCCUAUCGUGCGAUGUCGACGGUAAUCCUCCGCCGGAGAUCAUCUGGAUUCACGAGGAAUCCAACCGCGUGGUGUCGACAUCGGCCAACAUCACGAUCAUCGCCUCACGCGAAACGGCCGGAAGCUACUACUGCAAGGCCAGCGUGAUGGGAUUCCCGGAAAUCGAAGCCGUCUCGUCGUUGUACCUGAAGGGUCCCCCGCAGAUUCGUUCCAAGCGACAGCAGUACGGAGCGGUGAACGAUAACUCCCAGAUUCAGUGUGAAGCCGUUUCGGUACCGAAAGCAAAGCAAAUCAUCUGGACCUACAAUGGGCUGGAAAUCAACAACGAAAACGACUAUACGAUCCUCGAGAACCAUCAACCGGAGGGGGUUCGUUCGACCCUGAUCAUCAACAACAGCCAGAAGCAGCACUUUGGUGUGUACAACUGUACCGUGAUCAACGAGUACGGGAUGGACUCGAUCGAGAUCGAGUUUAGGGUUUCCAAAGAUACUGUCCUCCUGCCGGUAAUCAUUUUCGGUUCGAUUGGAGGCUUCAUCUUGGUCAUCGUUAUGAUCGUCAUCGGAAUGUGCUUUUGCGUACGAAAAAGCAAGAAAAAGCUUCCACCGGCCGAUGUCAUACCAGAGCAACAUUACAUCACGGAAAAAGCCUGCAAAGAAAGUGAUCGGUCUUCGAAUGUGAGCGAUUUAAAGAUCGAUCGCGAUCACGAAUACUCGGAAACCUGCUCGGGAACGGACAGCAUCGCGACUCGGCUAGCGAUGAAUAUCCUCGGUUCGUCAAGCGGCAGUAACAACAGUGGCAACGGAAACAUAGGCGUCGGUGGCGUCGGCGGUGGUGGUGGUGUCGGUGGUGGAGGAGGAGGAGUCCCAUUGGCUGGUCCAGUGCGAAUUCCAAGCGAUUAUCGAUAUUCGGGUGACUUUACCGACGGUCUCGGUCAGUUGCAAGCGAAAAUCGGCCAAAGCAAUGGCGGUUAUGUCCCGUAUGUAGAUUACGCACAUGACUACAAUAUGCCGCUACACGUGAACACUAAUGGACAACUGCCGAAUGGGAAUCUCAGUUUGACGCGAAACCGUAUCGAGCUGCGGCAAGAUAACGGACUUCCCAACAUCGGAGGUGGAAUGGGAGCGCUGUCAAACAGUCUCAUGAAUACAUCGCUGAUGACCGCUCCGAGCAUAGAUCCGCGCUACAGCGCCACCUACGGCAAUCCGUAUCUGCGAAGCAGUACCACCCAGUUGCCGCCCCUUCCGCCGCCGAGUACGGCUAACCCGGCGGUGACUCCGGCUCCGCCGCCUUACAGCGUCGGUCGCGGUCAGAACUCCCUCCUCUCGAUGGGCGUCAACCUGGGAGUUGGCAAUGGGCUCAACAGUGGCAGCAUUGUCGGAAUCACUUCCGGCCUGACCAGUCCCGAAUCGAUACGAUCGUCCUCGGGCGCCAACACCAGCAUGGAUCAGACGUCCCAGCAGAGUCAGCCAACACCUACACUUCCGGUCUCCGGAACCAGUCCCUGUCCAGGCCAAUUCAUUCUUCCAGCGAACGGGGAUCUGCGGAAAGGAGCCCUGGCAACCCAUGUCUAG